UCUGAACAUACAGUAAAGCUCUUGGAGUCUAAGGACAAAAUCAGAAUUGAACCACACUCUAAAAGAAUGAAGUCAACAGAAGGGGCUUGUGAGAAACUCCCUGAUGAUGAUAAAGGUAUUCAGGAGGAAGUUGAUAUUGAGAGAACAUCAGAUGGUCAGAUACCGACAUGUACCUUAGAUAACCAAAGGCAACAUGAAAUGCUGAAGCAAGAGAAAAUACCUACUAUUGUCUUGGGAUCYUCGAGUGAAGUUCUCCCUGGAAAUAAUCCAGUGCUUAGUCAGCCAGUUGAUUUAGAAACUGCGCAGAAUGUAAAUCCUUCAUUUGCAUCCAUAAAUGACUCAAAGGUUGAAGAGGAAGACCCUUUUGUUACAAGUAAUGCUGCUGAAGAUAAUAUUGAAAAAAGUAGUACAUCAUUCUCAGUAAGUAGAAACACAUCAGAUGAAGACUUUUUUACAAGCAAAGAUUUUAUAGGACCUAUUUACAAGCCUACCAAAAGUAAUGAACAGGACAAAUCUGGUAAUUACAAUGAAUGUAGGAACAGUGGAAGAGAUGAAAAUGAAUUACAUGAAAACAGGCCUAAAAGAAAGGAGGCAAAGAAGAUGCAGGCUGUUUCAGCCACUGUACCAGAAAUAGAUGAUGAACUGGAUCAGUUCUAUAAGGAAAUUCACCAGCUGGAAAAUGAAAAUCUAGAUGCUAAUCUUGAGGAAAAAGAAACUGAAAUUUCUCAAGAAAAACACUCUCCAUUUAACUGUAGUCAAAGCUCACAAGGGAAUUGUCUGCCUGUAUUGUUGGGCAGUCCACAGUUAUUUUAUGAGAAUGGACAGUGUUUUUGGGGGGAACAGAACAGCCAGGAAGCAAGCAAUGAGCAACAGUUAGGUGUGGAAACAGGUGGCUGGAAAACUGAAAAUCCCUUUAAUGGCCAAGUAGAUGCUUGGAACUGCUCACUGCCUGAAUUCAGACCUGCUUGGCAGACUAGAGCGUCUUUCAGAAAACCUCAGGGAUCUCUUCCUCCUAGUUUCAACCAUCAAUCCCAUUUUCAGAUAUUUAAUCCCCCACCACAAAUCCCAGAUGCUCUCCUGUCUCAGAAUGGGGGACUUGCUUAUGAAAAGUAUCAUCAUUACUGUGGAAAUACUGGUAUCAACAGUCAUGGACCAUUGCUGGAUCAAAAUACUGACUAUUCUGGUCAUAGUGACAUCCACACUACUCAGGUCUUCAGGAAUGGAAAUAAUGGUCAGAAUGGACUUCAAAAUAAUGGUUUCUGUGAAACCAGAGAACAGUGUUGGAAGGAUCCAAAAGCUGACAAUACMGGAGGAAUGCACAGCUUUUCUUCAUUGCAAUUAUGUGAAGAAAGAUUCAGUUAUUCACAGAAAUUGCUUCUAAUUUUAAGAGGCCUACCAGGUUCAGGGAAAUCAACACUUUCUCGUAUUCUGCUUGGUGAGAGUUGUGAUGGCAUUGUACUCAGCACUGAUGAUUAUUUUCGUCAGCAAGAUGGAUACACCUAUAACGCUGCUCAGCUUGGUGAUGCCCAUGAGUGGAACCAGAAGAGAGCAAAGCAAGCAGUUGAGCAUGGAAAAUCUCCAGUUAUAAUAGACAACACUAAUACUCAAGCCUGGGAAAUGAAACCAUACGUGGAAGUGGCUCUAGAAAAAGGAUACAGAGUGGAAUUCCAUGAACCAGAUACUUGGUGGAAGUUUGAUCCUGAAGAAUUAGAAAAGAGGAAUAAACAUGGGGUCACUCGUGAGAAGAUUGCUCAGAUGUUGGAACGAUACGAAUAUGAAAUAUCCAUCCCUGUUGUGAUGAAUUCAGUGCCACCUCCCCACAAAAACUCUCAAAGACCACCUCUGCAGAGAAGAUAUAGGGAGACAAUUUUAAGUAAGAACCCUGGAUACCUGUUAACAAAAGCAAAACAGAAGAAAAAACGAAAAAGAAACAAAACAAUGAAAACUAGUCGCACAGAAAUUACGAAGAAAAUCUUACAUGGAGUAGCUCAUUAUCCAGUUCCAGAUGAUCAUGAUGGAUCAGAAAGUGAAGAGGAUGAUUUGGAAGAAGAAAACAAAAAAUCAUUGUGUGCAUUCAGCAAAGGCCCAGAGGAUCCAGUAACAGUUUGUGAAGAGCAGCCUAAGAGUGGUGAUGAAAGCCUAAAAGAAGCUGUAGGGAUUUCAAGAGAGAGUUUUCUGGUCACUGUGCCUGAUGUCUCCUUGCUGUCAAAUAAUGCAGAGAAAAAUGAAUUAUCUGUAGGAAGUGAUAGUUUGCUUUCAAGAGAUGUAAAACCUUUUUGUGCUGAAAACCUAACCAAAAAUGCAUUAGAUGAUGAGGAAGCAAAUCAAAGGCACAAAGACAAUCUCUGCAGUUUCCUAAAAAUAAGCAAUGAUAAAAAUUCCAUCCAGGAAACAGAAGGCAUUUCUGAAGACUGUGAUAUGUCACUGUUAAGCACAGAAAACAAACUGGGAUCAUGUCAAAUUACAUGUGAACCUGACUUGGAAGCCAAACAGAUAAGAUUAAACAGUGAGGAAAAAGAAAUCUCUCAGUGUUGCAAUUCAAAUGUACUUGAUAACAUGCCUGAUAACACAGAGGGCAAAGGUGCAAUAAAAGCAGAAGAGACUAGCUCCAAUGCCUGUGCUCCUUUUUCAAUAAAUUCCUCUGCUGAGGAGUUGCAGAUGGGCUUCAAUACUCAAGUUUCUCUCUUUCCUUGGUCUGAGGAUAAAUUUGUGGGUGAACAAAGACCUCAAAAAGUGACAAAACCUGAACAGACUCACACAAACAGUUCAGCAGAGCUAAACUGCUAUCAGUCAAAUGAAGGACUGGUAAUGGAAAACCAUCAUGAAACAGAAAUUGAGGAGGAUGGUAAUGUAAAAAGCAAUGGUCUAUCUGCAUCUCCAACUGGUAAAGUGCACUUCAAUUCCCUUGUAGAAGCCAGGGCAACCUCCAUGCCGGGUUCAAGUGAAGUAAAUGUGCCAAAAAAUGAUUCUACACCAAUUACAUUGAAGAGGAAGAAGUACAGGAGAAUUGUCAACUUAGCCCCAAAGUUUAAUCUACCAAGACAGAUUGCUGGUCAUACUGAGGGAGGGAAGGAGGUCCUGGUAAGAGAAGAUUUUCCCCCCAAAAGUGUUUUGGAAGUGAAGCAAAAGAACUUUCUAAGCAAGAACACUGAAGAGGCACAUGAACAGGACCAUGCAUUAGAGGAAUAUUUUGCACCUUACACUGAUGCUGAGGCAACCUAUUCCUUACCCACUCCAGAUGCAGAUGAUCUGUUGCAUAGUGUUUCUUUCAUUCCGUCAGGACCAUGUUGUCSUAUAUCAAAAUGUGCCUGCAGUGUUUGUGUAAAUUCCAAAACUAAGGAGGAGCAAGCUACAACUCUUCAGCCACAGCAACUAGUUGAUAAAAAAGAGGACGAGGGUGAACACGUUUCUUCAGAGGUUACAAAUGGCCAACCAGAUAUUCUGUCUUCUGUUAAAGUUGUUUCUGAAUAUCUAGAAGAUUCUAAUACAUUGGCAAGCUGCAGUGAAAAUGCAAAUGAAGCAGAUGACUCUGAGCCAGCAGAGGCCUCACAACUUGAAGAUUAUCAAGAUGCAGAUAUGAAAUGUAGUUUUCUGGGACUUCCCUUAUCAUUAGGAUUUGCUUUUCAACUUGUGCAGCUCUUUGGUUCUCCAGGUCUUCCACUGGAAUCCUUGUUGCCAGAUGAUUAUAUAGUUCCCCUUGACUGGAAAGUUUCAAAGAUGAUCUAUUUACUGUGGAAGACCUCUGUGGAGGAAAAACAGAAAACAAGUGGAUUGCAGAAUGGAGACAGCUUGACUGAUGGUAUUAUUAGUCUUGAAGAUCUAAAUGAAAAACACCAAGAGAGUCAAGACUCUUCUGAAAUAGUAGACAUGGAACUGUGUCAAGAUAUGAUAGAGGAGAACAUCAUAACCUAUACUGGCUGUCUGGAUAACUGACUGUCUUAAAUUCUACAUGAACAAACAGAAACUUCUUGUUUUGAUUCCACCGUGGAAGGACUUCAGUUGGCCACCAAGGAUUUUAAAUAUGAGGGAUAACCUGGAAAAAAAGAAACUACUG